CCGCUCCAGGACGCUCGGGUGCGUGCGUGUGUUUUGGGGGUCCCGCUCCACGGGAGAGCAGCUGGAGCUCUGGGCGUCCGGCCUGCGGCUCGAAGCCGGCGGUAUGCACGUGUGAGAUGCGGCCUCGGGCAGCCCGGACACGAGCAGCGGCCCCCGGGGCUCGGGUGACGAGAAGCGCGGCCUCCUCGGCGCCGGGCGCGCGGUGCAUGCGGGGGAGCACGCGGGCUCCACGCCGCCUCCAUAAACACUUGUUUAGGACUCGUUCGCCUCGUUGAGGCCCCGCCAUGGCCGCCCCACCGGAUCCCGAGCCCCCCGAACCGGCAGCGGCGCCCCUGCGCGCCCCCGAGGUGGCGCGGCUCCGCGAGGAGCAGGAAAAGGUGGUCACUAGCUGCCAAGAGAAAAUCCAGCACUGGAAGAAGGUGGAUGAUGAUUACAGUGCCCUUCAGGAGAGACUCAGCACCUUGCCGGAUAAGUUGUCCUACAACAUCAUGGUACCCUUUGGCCCCUUUGCCUUCAUGCCAGGAAAACUUGUGCACACCAAUGAAGUCACUGUUUUACUAGGGGACAACUGGUUUGCAAAGUGCUCAGCCAAGCAGGCCGUUGGAUUAGCAGAGCACCGGAAAGAACAUGUGAGAAAAACAAUAGAUGAUUUGACGAAAGUGAUGAAAAAUUUUGAAUCCAGAGUUGAAUUCACAGAAGAUUUGCAGAAAAUGAGUGAUGCUGCGGGUGAUAUUGUUGAUAUAAGAGAAGACCUAAAAAGUGACUUUGAAUUUAAAGGAAAGCAACGAAUUGCUCAUAAGCCUCAUUCCAAACCAAAAACUUCAGGUCUUUUUGAAGCUGAUUUUGCCAAUGAUUCAAAAUCUAAGGAUUUGCUAGCUGACAAGGAACUGUGGGCUCGACUUGAAGAACUGGAAAGGCAAGAAGAAUUGCUGGGUGAACUUGACAGUAAGCCUGACACUGUGAUUGCAAAUGGCGGACAUGAGAACUCCUCUGAAGAGGAAAAGGAGGAGCAGAAGGCAUGUGGGCCUGGGGGCGGUGGAGCCCAUGGCUCCUUCACUCCCAGAAGUGAUUGGAAGCUCGCUCCUAGCUCAGCCCUGCUCAGGGGUCUAUCGCUAUGUCCAGUGAAUGGCUCAAACUCUUACCACAGCAAGGAAGAUGACAGUGAUGGGGACGAUGAUGAUGAUGGGGAUGAAGAUGGCAAUAAGGAGAACCACCCAUGUGCUUCAGGGGUUGGAGACAAUUCUGUACCAACCAUCUAUUUUUCUCAUACUGUUGAACCUAAGAGGGUUCGAAUAAAUACUGGGAAAAACACCACCUUGAAGUUCAGUGAAAAGAAAGAAGAAGCCAAACGGAAGCGCAAGAACACCAGCAGUGGCCAUGGUGCCCAUGAGCUGCCCACCAUCAAGACCCCGGCUGACAUUUACAGGGUCUUCGUGGAUGUGGUGAAUGGUGAGUAUGUCCCACGCAAGUCCAUCCUGAAGUCACGCAGCCGGGAGAACAGUGUGUGCAGCGACACCAGCGAGAGCAGCGCGGCUGAGCCCGAUGAGCGGCGCACCGUGCUGCGGAGCCUCAGCUGUGAGACAGAGUCCAGCAGUGAGGCCGGGGAGGCCGGCCCAGGCCUCCUUGAGGAGCCCCCCGGGGGCCAGCGGCCCCAGGCUUUUUCUGGAACAGUGAUAGAAAAGGACUUUUUACCCUCCCCAACAAUACACCCCGCCAUCGCUCCUCCCGGACUGCCCACCAUUCCAGAACGCAAAGAAACGCUCCCAGAAGCAGCUGAAGAGCCUGCAAAGCGGGUUUCCAAGUUCAAAGCUGCCCGACUGCAGCAGAAAAGUUAGGCCUCGCCCGCUUGGCCUGCUCAGGCUGCAUAUGCCCACUCACCUGUGCAGCCCCUACGCCAGGCGGUUUGAACUCGGGCCUGGGAGGCAGGUGGACACAGCACUUCUCACUGGGGCGGGCCAUCAGUCUGUGCGCACAGUCUUCUUGGGUUCUCUCCUCCCAGAGUCGCCCAGGCUGGCUUUCUCUGCUGCCAGCACAGCUGUGAUUGUUUUCAGUGGGUGCAGUUGGCCUGCAUUGUUUUUUCGUGUUUCAGACUAAAUACAGGCCAUGCGGUACCAGCCGUGAUGUGUAUGGUCCAUGGGAAAGAAACUUCUUAAAAUUUCAAAUCAGUUCAUCCGUUCUGUCCCUUCGCAUUCACCUUUUCAAGGCACUUUAAAAUAAAAUUAAAAAAAA